AGGUGAAAAUCUCUUUAAUAUCUUAUUAUUAUUUGUUACAAUAAAAUCCUAGUGGAAUAAAAGAAUUUGGUUUUUUCAUAGCACAUACCCCAACAAUGCUAUGUUUUAUCCCCUAACACUAUGGAAGAAAAUUCUCUUUCACCCAUCAUCCCUCACCCAAAAAAGCAAUGCCCUUUUUCCCUCCAUGGAAGCACAGGACAAAAAUUUUAGGUGAAAUACACAAAAAUGCCCCAUUCCUUCAAAGCUCUAAGAAAUUCCAAGUAAAAAUGUGUGCAGCUUGUGAGGAGACAACAUGUUGCUCAAACUAAAGGUUUUCCGUCUGAAAUCCAAAUCAAAAUUUGCCUGUGCCAUCCUAACGUUCCAAAAACGCAGGAAUAUCACUAAACUUGCCCAAAAUAAGCCUGUGUUAAACACUAAGAAAGAUAAAAGAUCAAAUGCUUUGAUUACUAAAAGCAUGAUGUCAGCACUUUUUGAUCCAACAGGGCAGCUAUCUCGACUUUCCUGAGCUACUGGCAGUUCUUGUAGCUGUCUCAUGACCUGCAGCAGCACCUUAGAAACUGCAGAAUUUCCUGUGCCUUCCAGAAAUACACAGAAACACCAAGUUGGCCUCUUGGGUUGGAUCUACUCAGUCACAGUUCAAGUGGGCAAGUAGAAACAGUGUGGAUAUCUUCUGAUGCUCAGCAUGGAGCCCCACCAGGAAAGCAGGGAGCACAGGGGUACCUGGCCUGCCCCAGGGCUUCCCAAAACACUCCCUUGGGAUGCAGAGACAAAAGCCCAGCUCCCUGGACUGCAGCUGAUGGCUCAAUCAAUCAAUCCUUCACCACCUCCAGCCCCGCUCUGCCCCACACAGGUCCCCUCUAUCUCACCCAAUCCCCCAGAAUGGGUCAGGUUUGAAGGGACCACAGGGCUCAUCUGCUCCGACCUCCCUGCUCAAGCAGGGCCAUCGCAGAGCACAGGGCACAGGGAUGUGUCCAGACACUUCUGGAAUAUCUCCAGGGAGGGAGACUCCACAGCCUCUCUGCACAAUCUGUCCCAGUGCUUGGGCACUGCACAGCACAGAAAUUCUUCCUCAUGUUCAGGUGGAACUUCCUGGGCAUCAGUUUCUUCCCUUUGCCCUCUAUUGCUGGGCACCACCAAGCAGAGCCCGGUCCAUCCUUUGGCACCCCCUCUUUAGACAUUUAUAUCUAUUAAUGAAGUCCCCUCUCAGUCAUCUUUUUUUCCUUCCAGUACCUGAAGAGAACUUGCAGGAAAUAUGGAGCAAGACUAUUUACAAGAGCUUGAAGUGACAACACAUGGGGAAAUGGGUUCAAAGUGAGAGAGAGUCAUUUUAGAUAGAUAUUAGUUAUAAAUUCUUUCGUGUGAGGGUGGUGAGGCCCUAGCACAGGCUGCCCAGAGAAGCUGUGGCUGCCCCAUCCCUGGAGGCUGGAAGGAGUUUGGAGCAACCUGGUCUAGAGGAAGGUGUCCUUAUCCCGUGGCAGGGGAUUGGAACCAGAUGAUCUUUAAGGUCCCUCCUAACCCAAACCAUUCUGUGAUCCCCGAGGCUGAACAGGCCCAGUUUCCUCAGCUUUUCCAGCCCCUUAAUCACGCUCAUAGCCCUGCACUGGACCCGUUCCAGGAGCUGCAUGUCCCUCCUGCUCUGAGGAGCCCAGAGCCGGACACAGCACUCCAGGAGGGGAAAAACCUGACAUUCCUGAAAAUGGCAGCUGAGACAUCCACAGAAGUUGCAAAAACAGCUAAACAAUUCGUCCUUAAGGAAGAGGUAAUUGUUGAAAGACAAUGGCUGAAGCUUGCAGAAACAACUUACACUGAUCCCUUUGGGAAAACCAGAACUUGGGAAACUGUAAAGCGUACUGGCAACAAGAAGGGAGUUACAGCCGAUGGGGUAGCAGUGAUAGCAGUGCUGCAGAGAACCCUGCACUACGACUGCAUUGUCCUGGUGAAACAGUUCAGGCCCCCAAUCAAUGGCUACUGCUUGGAAUUUCCUGCAGGCCUCAUUGAGGAAAACGAGUCAGCAGAAAGUGCUGCACUUCGAGAGCUGAAGGAAGAGACUGGGUACAAGGGGGAAGUCAUUGAAUGUACUCCAGCUCUGUGCUUGGACCCAGGAAUGUCAAACAGCACAACACACAUCGUGAGCGUCAUCAUUAAUGGAGAUGAGGCUGAGAACACAAGACCUAAGCAAAACCUUGAUGAUGGAGAAUUUGUGGAAGUUGUUUCACUUCCAAAGAAUGACCUACUGCAAAGAAUUGAUGAACUGGUGGCAGAGGAACACCUGGCAGUAGAUGCCAGGGUUUAUACUUACGCGUUGGCUCUGAAGCGCGCAGCAGAAAAACCGCUCCAAGUUCCUUUCAUGAAGUUCUAGAGCUGGACAAUGAGAAAUUGAAUUCAAAACUGCCCAAGUUGGAUGGUUUGGAAGUAUAACUCUUUUUGUAAUCAAGGUCAUUUGCUUUACUUGUAGAGCAAAAAAAGUGUUUGUAGUAAUGAUUCCGGUAUUUUUAUUUCAAAUUAUGGAACUGACAAAAAGCAUUUCUUCUAACUGCUCUGUCAAGCCUUGACAGAAUAUCCAUAAUAAAAAUACUGUUUAAUUUUCA